AUGGAGCCUGUUCCUGAGACGGAGCGUAUGGAGGCUUUCAAGUCGUCUCCCGCGCAUCCCCUGGUCCCGAGCAGCAGCAGCAGCAGCACCACCACCACCACCACCAACAACAGCCCGCGUGGAAUACCGCCGCUCGAACUCGACAUGGCCAGGAAGCCACCCAACCUGCGUCGAAGCACGGAUCCGAACCCCGCGUCGCCAGACUCGCCGUCCUGGGCCCCUUGCUCGUCGGCCGCCCUGGCCUUUCGGCCCCGAACCGCGUCUCCGUUGUCGAGCGGACACACGCGUUCUCGCUCCGCCGCCACCUUGUCUCUGGCCUCGCCAAUGUCGAGAACCCAGUCCAUGCCGGGCGUCAGCGGCUCCGGCCGAAUCCUCUACCCUCCGCAGCUGCGGCCGGCCAGCCCUUCCAACUCGGCCUCACCGAGCCGGAUGCGUAUGCGUACGCCGAGAAAACCCGUCGACGAAGCCUUUCCUCCCACGUCCCCCGUCCGUACCAGCGUCCUGGACCUUGACAAGCGGGCCACGGCCGACCGAAGCAGCUCGCCGGUUCUCGGACCACCCACCAUGCUGUCGAGCCGCCUGAGGAGGUCGUCGUCGCCGUUUGGAGCCGUGCCGCCGCCCAGCUCGAGCGCCUCGUCGUGCUUGCUGCCGUCCACGCCGUCCUCCAUGUCUAUUUCCUCGCUGCGGUCGUACGAAAACUUCUCCAUGGGCUACGGGGGCGGGCUGUCCUCCAUGCCGUCAACGCCCACAUCGGCUCGGUCUCGCAGCCCCAGCAUCUCGAGCCUGGAAACCAUACCCGACUCCCCGGACGCCGAGGAAGCCGCGUUGGAGGUCGAGAGACUGGCACAGCUCAAGGCCACCGCGGAUGCGUCUGACGGCGGCGAGACGUCUGAUGCCAAGAGCCGAACCGGAGUGGACGCUCCGCCACGAGGCCGAACACUGAGCUACGGGUCACGAGACAAGCGAAAGCGCUGGAGCGUGUGCGGAGCCGAGAGGCGUGGCGACUUGGACCUGGAGACCAUUUGGGAAGACUGA